AUGCCUGGGAGGGUCCUGCCGACCUUCACCUCUGCCGAGGUUGAAUCCCAUAACACCGCCGACUCGUGCUACAUCACUUUGGGCCGCAACGUGUACGAUGUCACCGAUUUCCUCGAUGCUCACCCCGGUGGCGGGGACCUGAUUCUGGAGUAUGGUGGAAAGGAUACAACCGAAAUCUUGAAGGACGAGAUCUCCCAUGAACACUCCGAUGCUGCCUACGAGAUUCUCGACGAAUACCACAUCGGAUUUAUCGGCGAGGCGACACCCGGGAAGACAACAACUGUCGUGGAGACUGUGGUCGAGACCGACAAUGGUCCUAUCUAUGCAUCCACGGGAAUGUCCCGCGCGGAGGAUCUGUCCGUCGACACCGACUACACUCAGGAUUUCAAGACUCACAAGUUCCUGGAUCUCAACAAGCCGCUCUUGAUGCAAUUGUGGCGAAGCAAGUUCUCCAAGGAGUUCUAUCUCGAGCAGAUUCACCGGCCCCGUCACUACCGCGGUGGAGAAUCAGCCCCUCUCUUCGGCAACUUCCUCGAACCGCUCAGCAAGACCUCCUGGUACGUCGUGCCGAUCGUCUGGCUCCCACCCGUCUUCUAUCUGCUCUCCGUCGGAGCCGCCGGACUCGGCACCACCCCAGCUGCUGCUUAUUUCGUUGGUGGCCUGUGCCUCUGGACUUUGAUCGAGUACCUGAUGCACCGAUUCCUCUUCCAUCUGGAUGGCUGGCUCCCUGACAACCGGGUGGGCCUGACUCUUCACUUCUUGCUGCACGGCAUUCACCACUAUCUCCCCAUGGACAAAUACCGCCUCGUGAUGCCGCCAACCCUGUUCGUCGCCCUGGCUGCGCCAUUCUACAAGCUGGCCCAUGCGGUCUUCUUCUACAACUGGUAUGCGGCUGUAUCGGUGUUCUGUGGUGGAGUAUUCGGCUACGUCUGCUACGAUCUCACCCAUUACUUCCUCCACCACCGCAAGCUCCCAUCUUACUACCAAAGCCUUAAGAAGUACCACCUCGAGCACCACUUUGCCGAUUAUGAAAAUGGAUUCGGUGUCACCAGUCGGUUCUGGGAUCGAAUCUUCGGCACUGAGCUGGUGACUCCUCCUCCCAAGGGGGCGAAGGCCCAGUGA